UAUCGCUCCACCAGUUUGUUUUUGGGGAGGGCUAAGACCCGCGCGCUGACUAUAAAUUAAUUCCUGGAAAAUCGUCGUGUCGCUAGUCGUGCAUAGUUAACAAACGUAACCAAGAGUAUUACAGUUGCCCGGACGAGUGACAAGCAAAAGCAAAAAUAGUAGUUACUUUACGGAAAGCAAUAAAACGAAUUAAAAAUGUUCUCACGACCCAGCUUGUGCGGAACCGUUGGCAAAUUGUGCCGCUGCGGCACUUCGGCAGCGGGAAUUACUGCGUUCCCAGCAGCAACAGUGCCGGCCUCCCGAAACUAUCACGAGGUGGUGGGCGACAUCAUCUGCCCCUCGCAGGUGCGCGGCAUAGAUCACAUCCGUGAUCCACGCCUCAACAAGGGCCUGGCCUUCACUCUCGAGGAGCGCCAGACUCUGGGCAUCCAUGGACUUCAGCCGGCGCGAUUCAAGACGCAGGAGGAGCAGCUGCAAUUGUGCAAGAUCGCCGUGAACCGCUACACAGAGCCGCUUAACAAGUAUCUCUACCUGAGCGAUCUGUACGAUCGCAAUGAGCGCCUGUUCUUCCGUUUCCUCUCGGAAAACAUCGAGGAUCUCAUGCCCAUUGUGUACACACCCACUGUGGGUUUGGCCUGCCAGCGCUUUGGCCUGAUCUACAGGCGUCCCCAUGGUCUCUUCGUUACCUUCAACGACCGAGGUCACAUCUUCGAUGUGAUGAAGAACUGGCCGGAGCCCAAUGUCCGUGCCAUCUGCGUGACGGAUGGUGAGCGAAUCCUGGGACUGGGCGAUCUGGGUGCCUGUGGCAUGGGCAUUCCCGUGGGCAAGCUGGCCUUGUACACGGCUCUGGCCGGAAUCAAACCCCACCAGUGCCUGCCCAUCGUGGUGGAUGUGGGCACCAACAACAUCGAUCUGCUGGAGGAUCCCCUGUACGUGGGCCUGCGCCAAAAGCGAGUGGUUGGUCGGGAGUACGAUGACUUCAUCGACGAGUUCAUGGAGGCGGUGGUGCAGCGCUAUGGCCAGAACACCCUCAUCCAGUUCGAGGACUUUGGCAACCACAAUGCAUUUAGGUUUCUGGACAAGUACCGCAACACGUACUGCACCUUCAACGACGACAUCCAGGGCACCGCCUCCGUGGCCGUCGCCGGUUUGUAUGCCUCUAAGCGGAUUACUGGUAAGUCCUUCAAGGACUACACCUUCCUGUUCGCCGGAGCGGGUGAAGCGGCCAUCGGCAUCGCUGAUCUGACCGUUAAGGCCAUGGUCCAGGAUGGCGUGCCCAUCGAGGAGGCGUACAACAGGAUCUACAUGGUUGACAUCGAUGGUCUGCUGACCAAGGGCCGCAAGGUGGGCAACCUGGAUGGCCACAAACUCAACUACGCCAAGGAUAUUGCUCCGAUGACAGAUCUCGGCGAGAUUGUUUCCACCAUCAAACCCAGUGUGCUUAUUGGUGCUUCGGCAGCUGCUGGAAUUUUCACACCUGAAAUCCUGCGCACCAUGGCUGAUAACAACGAGAGGCCCGUGGUGUUCGCCCUGUCCAAUCCCACCAGCAAGGCGGAGUGCACCGCCGAAGAUGCUUACAAGCACACGGAUGCUCGUGUGAUCUUUUCGUCUGGAUCUCCGUUCCCACCGGUUCAGGUCGGUGACAAGACCUUCUACCCGGGACAGGGCAACAAUGCCUACAUCUUCCCCGGCGUUGGCUUGGGCGUCAUCUGCACAGGCACCCACCACAUCCCCGACGAAAUGUUCCUAAUCGCCGCCCAGGAGUUGGCCAACUUUGUUGAGCCCAGCGACAUUGAGCGAGGAUCGCUGUACCCUCCUUUGUCGAGCAUCCGGGAGGUGUCCAUGAACAUUGCCGUUGGCGUGACAAAAUGUGCCUACGAUAGAGGCUUGGCAUCUACCUAUCCGGAGCCGCAGGACAAGCGCAAGUGGCUGGAGAACCAGCUGUACAACUUCAACUAUGAGAGCUCCAUGCCAGCGACCUGGACCUGGCCACGAAUGCCCUUCAUUAAAACUCGCGAAGAAAGCCCGCUCAUUGCCGCCAUCAAAUAGAAAGCAUUAAAGUGUUCAACUGAUUGAUGGCACCGUUCUGUUUUGCAUCUAACACACUCUACUACUUCAAGCGUACACCAUCAGCACCAAGCAACCAACCAACCGACUACUAACCAAGCCUACUCUAGACUAGAAGAACAAAUUUUCAAGUGCUAACUUUAUUUAAAUGUUUCUUGACCAAUUCGUUGGUAUCGUUUGCCGAGCUCCGAGGUUUGAGUCUGCUGCUCCAGCUUUUUCCACAAUGUUGACAAAAUUAUUGUUAUAAUGCCACUAGAUCUUUGGACAUAUAUGCGGAAAAGUUAGAGGCUUUGAGACAAAUAACGAAGCCAGCGAAUUAGUUCUUAAGUGUAUUUUCAAAUUGUUCAUAGUAUUAUGUAUGUAUGCCGUGUUUUUAUAUUUGUAUAAAUUAUCAUGUUAUUAAUUUUGUGAUACCAAAACGAAACCAAACGACGCUGACGACUGUGACGAUGACUACGCCUCUAAAAAAAAGCAAUUACGCAGUAUUCUAUCCUAUCACUAUCCUAUCUGUAUUUAAUCUAUGCUAUGUUUAUGGUUUGCUGUAUCUACCACCCAAUUGGCUUUGCAGUCCCAUUCCCCCGCCGCUUGCCAUUACCUCCCUGCAUUCUCUGUGCAUCCCAGCUUCCGAUCUGAUCUGCUCUGUCUACUACUACUAACUCUGACGGCGGCAUCAAGCGAGCUCUGAGGCUAUAUAUAUAUACCUACCCAAUUCACGCUUAAUCACCCACCCGAAAUUCGACAAUUGAUUGACUUAUCUAUUGCAAUAUGUUCCUUUCGUUGACAUACAGAGAAUGAAGAAAUUAUGUAAAUUAUCGAUUUCCCCAACCAACCGACCGCCUAGAACAAUUGGCUACAUAGCAGAGCUAACUGCUUCGAGAACUGGUGAGAGCAACCCAACCAACCACCCAACCAACCAAUCAUCCAACUGAUUCCACAUGUAAAACAACUUAACUCGCUGCCGUUAACCAACAACAAUCUAUAUUUUUUACUUUAUGAUUUUUAUCGUUUAGUUUCCCUAUAUCUUAAGAUAUAUUCGAGUGACGAUUCUGUUUGUUGUUUAGCCAUGUCUGAUAUUUAUUAACGCAAUUAAGCAGCUUUGUUAUAAUUUAUUGUUACCAAGGUCGAGCUAAUGUAUCAAUAACUAGAACCCUAUCCCUAAAGAUCGAUCGGACCGAUUCAGCCAUUGUACCACGGACUAGAUGAUGAUGAUGUGCGAUAAACAAUAAAAUAAAACAAAAGUUAAAUGCUGA